AUGGGGGCACGGGGAGGCGGCAGCAGGAAAAUGGCAGCGGGCGGCAGCGCGGGGUGGCGGGUGGCUCCGGGCCGGGCCCCGGCGCUGAUGCUGGCGGCGGCCGCAGCCGCUCUGGGCUUCCUCAGAGUAUCAGCAGUUGAGGUGAAGACACCAGAGGAGCUCUUUGUGGAGAAUGGGACAGAAGCAAGACUUCCAUGCCCAUUUUCAUCCUCCGAGGUGAUCAGCAGCGCAACGUCCGUCUCCUGGAGCUUCCAACCAGAGGGAGCAAUGACCCCAAUACCAUUCUUCUAUUACUCUCAAGGGAACGCAUACCCUGGGAAGGACACACCAUUUAAGAACAGAAUCAGUUGGGCUGGAGACCUUAACAAGAAAGAUGCAUCUGUCAGCAUAGCAAACGUGCAGUUCCGGGACAACGGCACUUACUUCUGCGAUGUCAAGAACCCACCUGACAUAGUUGUCAAGCCAGGAGAAAUCCGACUUAGAGUCGUGCAGAGAGUCAGAGUAUCAGCACUUGAUGUGAAGACACCAGAGGAGCUCUUUGUGGAGAAUGGGACAGAAGCAAGACUUCCAUGCACAUUUUCAUCCCGAGAUGUGAUCAGCAGCGCAGCGUCCAUCUCCUGGAGCUUCCAACCAGAGGGAGCAACAACUCCUAUAUCAUUCUUCUAUUACUCUCAAGGGAACGCAUACCCUGGGAAGGACACACCAUUUAAGAACAGAAUCAGUUGGGCUGGAGACCUUAACAAGAAAGAUGCAUCUGUCAGCAUAGCAAACGUGCAGUUCCGGGACAACGGCACUUACUUCUGCGAUGUCAAGAACCCACCUGACAUAGUUGUCAAGCCAGGAGAAAUCCGACUUAGAGUCGUGCAGAGAGACAAUCUACCUGCGUUCCCCACUGGCAUGGUGGUAGCGAUAGCCAUUGGUGUGACUCUAGUUGUCUUGCUGCUCAUCGCGAUUAUCGUGUGUGUCGUCAGAAAGAAGAACUCUAAAAAGCAUUACUCUGGCUGCAGUACCUCUGAGAGCUUGAUGUCACCAGUUAAGCAGGCUCCACGGAAGUCCCCCUCCGACACAGAGGGUUUGGUAAACCACGUGCCCGCCAGAUUGCACCAGGGCCCAGUAAUUUAUGCGCAAUUAGAUCACUCCGGUGGGCAACACAGCGACAAGAUUAACAAGUCGGAAUCCGUGGUUUAUGCUGACAUUCGGAAGAACUGAGGCGAUCCCACUGUAUCCAAAGCAAAACAAAAAUUCAAACUGGAAUGGCUUGAAUCAAAUGUGACCCAGAGAACUCACAUGUGGCCUUUGAUGCCUAGGCUAGGACCAAUGCAUGUGAAUACAGAGAGAUAUAUGUGUUGUGUGUGUAAAUAGUCUAUUUAAUCGUACAGAAGUGAGACCAGUGUUGCAUGUUGAGAUGCAGUAAGAAUUCUGCUUAUAAAUGGCCAAUAUUCUUUUUUUGUAUCUAGGAUAAGGGGAGAAAAAGUGAAAAUACAUAACAUGGCAAUUUUAAA